AUGAUAGCCGAGGGGUCUGGAAGGGAAAUAUGUAGUCAACUCCAAUUAACGUCUACCGCUAUGGUCCCAUCUCCUACGUGCAGCUUGUGCAAAGUUGGACUCCGUAAGCAUAUCGGAUUUGCGUGUGUGCGCUACAGUGUCAUAGCAGCUGCUGGCAGCUCGUUGUUGAGCGAUCACAGUAUAUUGAAUAUUCCCUGCGUGUUUGCGUUUACAAAGUUCAAAGUUCUGAGUAACUUUACGGGGCACCGGGGUUAA